UCAAAAAAAUUACUCAUAUCAUUUUCAUUUCAUUCAGUUUUUAAAAUUACAAAAUUCUAGUGUAUCAAGCAAAAUGAGAGAAAUCGUUCAUAUUCAAGUUGGUCAAGCUGGCAACAAUAUUGGAAAUAAGUUUUGGGAGGUGAUAUCUGACGAACACGGUAUAGACCCUACAGGACAUUGGCAUGGAGACACUGACCUCCAAUUGGAGAGGAUCAACGUUUACUAUAAUGAAGCAUCUGGUGGUAGAUUCGUACCAAGGGCUGUACUAGUGGAUCUGGAAGAGAGUACUAUGGAUUCUGUACGCUCUGGCCCUUUUGGAAGGUUGUUUAGUCCUGACAGUUUCGUGUUCGGUAGGGGAGGUGCGAGUAACAAUUUCGCCAAAGGGAUGUAUACAGAGGGUGCCGAAUUGGCCGACACCGUGUUGGACAUCAUUAGAAAAGAAGCAGAAGGAUGCGAUUUACUGCAGGGUUUCCAGAUGGUGCACUCCAUAGGCGGAGGUACGGGCUCAGGAAUGGGUUGCCUGCUGUUGGAUAAAAUCAGAGAAGAGUAUCCUGACAGGAUUAUCAGUACUUUCACCAUCAUUCCCAGUCCCAAAGUAUCCGAUACAGUGGUAGAACCUUAUAAUGCUACUAUGUCCAUCACUCAUUUGGUAGAAAACUCCGAUGAAACUUAUAUAAUAGACAACGAAGCGUUACAUGACAUCUGUUUUCGAACUUUGAAGCUAUCCUCUCCGAGCUUAGCUGACUUGAACCACCUGAUUUCAGCUGUCAUGUCCGGUGUAACGACUUGCAUCAGGUUUCCAGGUCAGCUCAAUGCUGACUUGAGGAAAAUCCAGGUGAACAUGGUACCUUUUCCUAGGCUGCACUUUUUCAUACCUGGAUUCGCACCACUAUAUUCCAGAGGGAACAGACCUUACAAAGGCAGUACAGUACCGGAACUUGUAUCCCAACUGUUCGAUGCGAAAAACCUAAUGUGCGCUUGUGACCCCAGAAAGGGACGAUACUUGACAGUGACCUCUAUAUUUAGAGGUCGCAUGUCCACCAGACAGGUCGAAGAACAAAUGGUCAACAUCCAGGACAAGAACAGCAGCUAUUUUGUGGAAUGGAUACCGAACAACGUCAAAACUGCAGUUUGUGACAUACCACCGAGAGGUUUGAAGAUGUGUGCUACCUUUAUUGGUAACAGUACUGCUAUUCAGGAGUUGUUUAAACGAACUGGUGAGGCAUUCUCGGCUAUGUUUCGUAGAAAAGCAUUUUUACAUUGGUAUACAGGUGAAGGAAUGGAAGAACAUGAGUUUACUGAAGCUGAAUCAAAUAUGCACGAUCUUAUAUCGGAGUACCAGCAAUAUGAAGCUGCUAAAGAUGAGCCUGAUGAAGAUGAAGACUAUGAUGAAGAUGAAGAAGAUGAUUACUGAAGAGAUUACAACAAAAAGUAGAAAAAAUAUCAAAACAUCAAAAUACUCCUAAAAAGAAAUCACGAAAAAAGUUUGUUUGUUUUGGAAUUGAAUGAAAAUGAUGAUUAAGAAGAAAAGAAAACAACGAAUAAAGACAGGAAAAGAAAAAGAGAAUAGAAAAAUCAAGUUCUGAAACAUUAAACUAAAUUUAUAAAAAAAAUUCAACAUAAGUUUUUGGAAUUGGGGAAACUGAUGAAAUAAAAUUAUCAAAAAAUUUAA